UUCAAGUUCUGAAAGAAGACUGCAGCUAAGUUGAGCUGAAAGAGGAAGGCUUCCUUCCAGUUCUCCUCUCACUUGGCUGAUUAACAAUCUGUUUUUCUCCCUGUUCACGAUGCAGCUUUAUGGAGCUCUGAUCCUGUUUAUGACUCUGUCUACAGCGUGUGGAUUACGAUGCUACACGUGCACAGCCACCGACCCGCACUCCUGCACAGACACUAAAUCUUGUCCUGUCAUCUUCAACCGUUGUUUCUCUCUCAGAAUAGACGGAUAUAACAUGGUCACCAAGGGCUGCCAAACCAGCAUAGCAUGUGUAGGUGCCAUGGCUUGCUGUGAAGGGAACUUGUGUAACAGUGCCAUACCCACUGGUCCCAGUGUCAUCCUCCUGCUGGUAUCUUCAGCCAUCAUCACACUCUUCCUCUGAGGCUCUGGGAUUUUGUUAUUACAAUGCUGCACUUUUUUCUGACCCCAUUUGUACAACUGAAGGAGAAUAAACAACUUCAAUGUUAA